GUAGGCUGCUUGUCCUGAGAGGAAUUUCUGUUGCAUAACAAGGAGACACUUCAGGUAAACAGCUUGUGUUAUUCAGGAACAACUCUGGAUUCAUUUAGCUCAAAAACUGCAGUGGUUUUGGCAAUUUCAGCAGCAAACUUGCAGUGAUCUUCAGCAUCUCCAUGGAUUCUAUCUUUACAUGUGUUCAGUCCCCUAAAGGAACCACAUGAAAACCAGAACCCAGCGGUCAUGCAGGUGAUGCAGGACUCCAACUCCUCAGGCUUUAACACCAACUUUAACAGCAGUACCAUGACACCCCAAGUGGACUUCCCACACAAUGGCAUCCCUUCAAACCCCAUCAUUGCCAGCCUCACAAUGACUCUGGGCAUCCUAUUUAAUGUGGUGGCCCUCAUCAUUCUCAUUAAGGCCUACACCCGCUUCCGGCGAAGGUCAAAGGCGACCUUCUUGCUCUUUGCCAGUUCCCUUGUGGUCACAGACCUCACAGGUCAUGUGGUCUCUGGAGGACUGGUACUAAGGAGAUACUCCACAGCCAAUCUGACAUCCCAGGAUGGUCCAACAAAUCCAGACAGUCCUUGUCAGUUUCUCGGAGGUUGCCUGGUGUUUUUCGGCUUGUGCCCGCUCUUUCUGGGCUGUGCAAUGGCUGCUGAGCGCUGCCUCGGUGUCACCAAUCCUUUGCUGCAUGCUCGGCUGGUAACCACAGCCCGGACGAAAAUAGCCCUGUCCAUGACCUGGUUCCUGGCUCUAUGCGUAGCCCUGCUACCUGUAUUCCAACUAGGGGACUAUACUUACCAGUACCCAGGAACAUGGUGCUUUAUUAAGGUGAUGGACACUAAUGCCAAGGAUCUGACUUUUGUGAUGCUGUUCUCUGGACUGGCUUUAAGCUCUCUUGCUCUGGCCUUCAUAUGCAACACCAUCAGUGGACUCACACUUAUUAGAGCCAGGCUAAAGAAGAAUUCAUCCUCACAGAGGUUCUCUGCAAGGUCUCAUGACACAGAGAUGGUGGUCCAACUGGUUGGCAUCAUGGUCACCUCUUGCAUCUGCUGGAGCCCUCUGCUGAUCUUUUCGUUGAUGUCAGCCGUGCACUCUUACAGCGAAUCACAACUGAGCGAGGAAGUCACCCGCACUUACAGUAAACUCAUGAUGACCGGUGUCAGAAUGGCAACCUGGAAUCAGAUCCUGGACCCAUGGGUCUACAUCCUGCUGAGACGUGCCAUCCUCCGAAAAAUCUACCGCAUCACCAAAAACCAGGCCAGCUUCAAGAGGAGCACCUUACGAUCCGUCCGCUUGGACAUCAGCUCCCUCCACAAGUUGGAGAAUAUUCCUGCCAAAAAGAUUUAAAAGUAGGAAGGACUUAGAUAUUAAAUAGUGAGAUGAAUGCUACAGUCGUUUAUUUGGAGCCGAACUGAAGAGCAGAAAUAGAGCCAUAAGAAAUCUGACUCUCUUGGCUUCUUUGAGUACAAGUCACCCUGACUGGUGUAAAUAAAGUGAGUCUGGAUCUGUCUUUCAGAUAUGGAAGCCUAAAAGUACCAUUUUACAUAGAUGUUCUAUGUAUGAGCAACAAUAACACUAAAACAAAGGGGAAAGCCCAAACUGAGUAAAAAAUUGCUACUGGUUUAUAACAGUGCCAUGGCAGCCUCUCCUUCCUGAAAGCACGCAUCAAGAGGGGCUUAAAGGUCUGGAAAUCUUUUAGAAAUUUCAAUUGCAUCACUUUCAAAUUAGACCAGAUGGUUCUAUGAAGUAACUUUCCAGUCUGACUGAGUUUUCCGUUUUUGUUAACAAGAAAGUCUGAUGUAAAAUAUAAUGUGUUGAAGUGCAAUAUGGCAAAAACAAAAGAGAUUUCUAAAGAUUUGAUGAUGAGACCACCAGAGAGUUUGCACCCCGUUAGCUCAGAUGUACAAAAAAAUAAUAAUUACCCAUGGUCAUUAUUACUACCUAGAAAUGGUUUACUGAUGAAGACCCUUUCCUAUGGAAGACGUAAAAGAGAGGGUGAGAUCACCAAAGCAUCUCUCACAUUGGCUAUGUUGUAAACCACAAGUUCAAACUAAAACAGGCUUAUAGAGAGAGGUGGCCACAGAUUUUACGAGGUAGCAAGAAACCUUUGGAAAUAUGUUUUUUGAGCAUAUCAAACCAAAGCAGCACCGUUUUAGUCUCAAUGAGCAAUGAGAUGUUAAAUAAAAAAAAACAUAAAGCAUUUCAUCUGCAUACACUGUAAAAUAUUACAGUUAACAGUUUUUUUUCCCAACAUAUUCCUGGGUCCAGUAUGGAGUGAUCCAGGCCUGGGUUGAUUUAACUCAUCCAUCCAUCCAUCCAUCCUCUAUAGUCUUCACAUGGUCGUGGGGUGGGCUGUUUUUUUCACGGUCAACCUUUCCAUCACAGGGUAACACAGAGAUAAGCAAGACAAAUAACCAUGCAUGCUCACACACACACACACACACACACACACACACUCUUGUUUUGCUUUAUGUAGUGAGGACCAUGUGUUGACUCCCAUUGACUUCCAUUGAUUUUCAGUCAUUUUCAACCCUUUCUAUGCCCUAAC